AUGCUGUGGGUUAUUCUUUUAUUUUUAACUGUCGCUAAAACAGAAGAUUCACUAGAGAAAUUCAAAGAAUGUAAUAAUCAAAAAUGUAUUUUAGUGCGAUGUUAUUUUCCUGUUUCGGAAUUCUUAAAUGCAACACGAAAUGAAAUGAAAUUAUUCGAUGAUUUUAUCGGGCAACACCAUAUUUUCAUGGACUAUCAUCUAUGCAAUGAUCUAUCGGCGGACAAUAUGGACGAAGUAGGCGCAUGUAUUUAUGGUGUAUUGUUUAAGCUAUACCAAUUUGAUGCAAAUUUAACAAUCCAUCAACGUACGCAUGUUCAACAAGCAUUAAUACAAGAAGAAUCAAUUGCAAUAGUUAUGGAUAUGGUAUCGAAUAUUCUCUAUCGCAUUCCAAUGAUUAGUCAGGCGAAUGAAUUAGAAAAUAUUAUUCGAAAUUCAGAUGGUGAAGAUCUUGUUGUUAUUGAUGCUCAAUCGCUUAUAGCUCAAGUUCACCUUGAAAUUAGUCGAACUAUUUUGAAUUAUGGACCGUGGUUUACUUUUGUUUAUUCUACUAUUGGGAGCGAUGAAAAGAUAGCUGAGUGUUUAUACCGUAUCUAUACAUUGGGUCGUGGUGUUAGUGGACCGAACUGUGCUAUACAAAACAAUAUUCAAAUGACAUUAGAACAGCAAAUAAAUGCUCAAAUAUCUUCACCGGAUAGUAUUAAAUCGUUUUCUGAUCUUACUCAUAUAAAUGUAUUUAAACGACUUUCAUCAAUACUAUUUUAUAUUCACACAAAUUCAACGCUCAAUUUAAUAUCAUACAAAAAUAUGGUUGUCAUUCCGGUGAAUAUGUUGAGUUUCAAUGCAAGCGACCGAGAAAAUUAUGCAUUUUUAAAUGAACCAUAUCCAUUCUAUUUAUUUUGGUCAGCAAAAGAAAAUGUAUUUCAACGCCUUGGAGAUCAACCGUCUAAUGAACUUCUUGAUACUCUGAUUCGAGAAGAACAAGGAGAAGACUUCCGAAACGACUAUGGAAUGUUCGACGAUGAAGUACGACGUUUAGCUGAUGCGAUUGGAAAUAUCAAAAUAGAUCCAAGUGUUUUCUUUCUUAAAGAUCAUGACGAUUAUCAUCGUUUUCAAGGAAAUCAUUCAAACACUGCGGUGCUUUUCACUGUUAGAUGGGAUUCAACAUCGAAACUAGCUCGAAAAACAUUUCAUGAAAUAGCACCUCAACUGAACCAGUUUAUAUCUAUGAUGGAUAUUGAUUGUUUUGAUUGGACUGAUCUAUGUGACGAAGAAAAUAUUUUUGAAUGGCCAACAUUACUUCUAAUUGAAAAUAAAAUAGUAAAAAAGAUCUAUGAAGGUAGUACGGAUAAAAAUGAAAUGACGUUAGCUUUAUUUCGAUUUUCAGUUAAACAACCGUAUCUUAUUGAAGAUGAUUCCAAUGAAAUCUUAAUCGAAAAAAUCCUUGCACGUCAACAAGUGAUUGUUACAGCUCGAAUUCAACAUGAAGAGAAAAUUUUAUACGAUACUUAUAAAAGUCUAGUCGAUAUGUUUUCCGAUAAUGAACAUAUCUUUUUCAUAUUUCAAUAUUCGACGGAAAGUUCUUCGUUAAUUAUAAAACAAAAGUAUGGCGAUGUUUUAUUGCAACCGAAAACAAUGGCUCAUACGUUCAGUUGCGAUUUUAAUGAUCUUCAAAAAUUAAUUAUGAAUGCACUUCAAGUCCCAUUGAUUCCAUUCGAUCCUUUAGAUAUAAUAAAAUCAACUGCAGCCACAUUUAUAGCAGCCAGUUAUUCACAAUUGAUUGAUAAUUCACUCUCGAAAGAUCUAUCAACAGAAAUUCCUCUUAUUUGGAUUGACACAAAUUCACCAUGGGUUCUAACAAUAGAUCAAUAUGGUCCUAUUCCUUAUCCGGCAGUAAUAUAUAUUAAUUUUUCUAAUGGAAAGGUUUAUGUGAGCUCUGAUUUUAAUGAUAUUGACGCAUGGCUUAAAACAGCUCAAAUGGGUACCAUAGCACCAUUCUAUGAAUUGUCUUCGACUGACAUAGACGAAGGUCCAACACAAGAAGCAAUUGACUUUAAAAAGCAAAUGUACAACGAACGAUUCCUAGAAGACGUUCGUUUGUUUCAUGAAGAAUCUGAAAAAAUCAAUGAACACGGAUUAGGAUUUGAUAUGAACGGUCUUCCUAUUGAAAUGAAUAAUUAA